GCUUCCUGGUGAGUGCUCGCCUUGCCGCGCUGCGCCUCCGUCCCUCCCUCUCCUCUCUUCCGUGGUUGUUGCUGCCUGAACUGCUUCUCGUCGUCCACCUUCUGCCUCUGCAACAACAGCAGCAGGACAUGGGAUGCUGAGAACCUCGCGGAUGAGCUCUGGUUCCAGCUGAACACACCGACGGCGACUCCCACAAAAUUAGGUCUUGCUCUUCGUUCACUCCUUUCUUGGCAACUCCAUUGCCUUUCCUCAAGGUAUGCUUCAAUUUCAGAUUCCAAUUUGUGAUUAACAAGAGUUGGGUGCUUUGCUUUAUUCCACUGCCAAAUUCUUGACCCCUCUCUCCAAUGCCACUUUGUCAUUGUUCCUAAUCUCACCCUCAUUCCUCUCAAAUCGAAUCAUCUGGUGGCGGUGGAGUAUCAAACCAGGGUUGACUGAGCCUCACUGUCUCCGGCACUCAAGAAAAUGCAGAGAUUUUCGAGAAAAACAUUGCUUUUCUUCAAAAAAGUUAAUUUUUUCCAACUUCCCUUGACAAAUUCAUUAACAGUUAUUGGACAUAAAAAUACACCAUCCCAGCUGUUUUCUACUAGUUUUGAGGUGUGUUCACCACAUUCACCACCACUCAAUCAUAAGUCCUCAGAAUUUGAUAAUAGUAGCAGCUGCAUCAGCAGUGCCGCGUCAAAAAACCAUUUUGGCCUUAUUCGCCUUCAAUGUAGUCCAGAAAAGGAUGUAAAUGACCAAAGCUACGAUGAGUUUGCCUCUGAUGUGGAAAAAGUUUAUAGAAUAUUGAGAAAAUACCAUUCUAGGGUUCCCAAAUUGGAGCUUGCUUUGAAAGAAUCUGGAAUUGUGGUGAGGCCUGGAUUAACUGAGCGCAUCUUGAAUCGAUGUGGCGAUGCCGGGAAUUUGGCGUAUAGAUUCUAUGCAUGGGCUUCUAAGCAGUCCGAUUAUCAACACAGUCAAGAAGUUUACAAAGCUAUGAUUAAGGUUUUGGGCAAAAUGCGGCAAUUUGGAGCUGUUUGGGCACUAAUUGAUGAAAUGAGGCAAGAGAAUCCUAUGUUAAUUUCUCCACAGAUGUUUGUUAUUCUGAUGAGGAAGUUUGCUUCUGCAAGGAUGGUUCAGAAGGCUAUUGAAGUAUUAGAUGAAAUGCGCAAUUACAGCUGUGAGCCUGAUGAAUAUGUUUUCGGGUGUUUGUUAGAUGCAUUGUGCAAGAAUGGUAGCAUUAAGGAAGCCGCUUCGCUUUUUGAGGACAUGAGAUAUCGAUUUCCUCCAACCAUCAAACAUUUCACUUCCUUGUUGUAUGGUUGGUGUAGAGAAGGGAAACUUAUGGAAGCAAAACAUGUGUUGGUGCAAAUGAAGGAUGCAGGCAUUGAACCGGAUAUCGUUGUUUAUAACAAUUUGCUUAGUGGUUAUGCUCUAGCUGCGAAAAUGGGGGAUGCUUAUGAUCUUUUGAAGGAGAUGAGAAGGAUAGGUUGUGGACCGAAUGCAACCUCGUACACAAUUUUGAUCCAGUCACUAUGCAAACAUGAAAAAUUGGAGGAGGGAAUGCGGUUAUUUGUUGAGAUGCAGAGAAAUGACUGUGAUGUGGAUGCCAUAACCUAUACAACAUUGAUUAGUGGGUUUUGCAAGUGGGGAAAAGUUGAAAGAGGUUAUGAGCUUUUGGAUCGGAUGAUACAACAAGGCCUUGUGCCAAAUCAGCUGACUUAUCAUCAUCUCAUGUUGGCCCAUGAAAAGAAGGAAGAACUGGAGGAGUGUAUGGAACUGGUGAAUGAGAUGCACAAGAUUGGUUGCACUCCUGACCUUAACAUCUACAAUACGGUUAUUAGGUUGGCUUGCAAGUUGGGAGAGAUCAAGGAAGGUGUUCGGCUUUGGAAUGAAAUGGAAGCAAGUGGGCUUAGUCCAGGCAUUGACACCUUUGUCAUAAUGAUUAAUGGCUUUCUUGAGCAAGGUUGUCAGAUUGAAGCUUGUGAACAUUUCAAGGAAAUGGUUGGCAGAGGGCUUUUUACCACCCCUCAAUAUGGUACAUUGAAGGAGUUGAUGAAUUCCCUUUUAAGAGCUCAAAAGCUUGAACUGGCUAAAGAUACUUGGAAUUGUAUCACAUCUACCAAAGGGUGUGAGUUGAAUGUGGGUGCAUGGACAAUAUGGAUUCAUGCACUCUUUUCAAAGGGGCAUGUGAAGGAAGCUUGUUCAUUCUGCAUAGACAUGUUGGAUCAGGGGUUAAUGCCACAGCCGGAUACUUUUGCCAAGCUAAUGCGCGGUCUGCGGAAACUGUAUAACAGACAAUUUGCGGUAGAGAUCACUGAAAAGGUGAGGAAAAUGGCUGCUGAUCAGAAGAUCAGUUUCAAGAUGUACAAGCGGAGAGGAGAGAGGGACUUGAAAGAAAAAGCGAAGGAGAAAAAGGAUGGGAGGAAGAGGAGGGCUAGGCAACGCCGUUGGGGUGGAAGCCGUCAGAAAUCUAACACAUUAUAAAUUUCACUAGUGAAGCUUGACAUACAUUCUAGAGGUUCCCCAAACGAGACUCUCAUUUUGGACCAGACUUUGGU